CAUUCACCUAUCUUUUGCAAAUAUCUUCCCGCUCGAGUCUCUCCUGCUUCGCCCUUAAUUCCAUCUCCACGUCGAAGUACUGCGCAAACAGCCUCCAUCAUGGCUGACAGUAUGGAGGGUGUGCUUGUUGAGGGCGAGCAGCCCACAACUGAACAGGUUGAGCAAAAGGUUGUCGCCGAUAUCCGAGCCAACUUCACUCUUCUCGAACGCGCCGUUACUCAGUUCGACGCCCGGUUUACGCUGAGGGCUCUUCGCUCGAUAUCGUCAGUGCGGAAACGGCUCACUGAUAGAGUUCUUUGUUCCGUGAUCGUCUUGACGUACAGCCCAAGUAGUCCGACGGGUAGAGUGCUCAUGGAGGCAACUGGGAUGGACGGCGAGGCUAUACAAGCCGUGGUGUCCCAAUACAAGCAGGAAAUACAGGCUAAUAAGGCGAAUCCCAAAGAACCAUUACCUGAGGUCGAUGUAUAUAUAGCCAUCCUCAUACAGGUAUAUCUAUAUGACCAGAAGGACAUAGAGGAUGGUGCCGAGUUCUCAUCGAAUCUAGUCGACAAAGUACGCGAGCUGAAUCGACGAACACUUGACUCUCUGGCCGCAAAGGCCUACUUUUACUUCUCAUUGUUCCACGAGGAACUGGACCCGAAACCGCCUUCCAAACAGUCUCCCGUGAUAGCCAUUCGAGGAAAACUUCUCGCUGCACUUCGCAGUUCAGUCCUCAGGAAGGAUCAAGAUACACAAGCUUCUGUCACGACACUGCUCCUACGAAACUACAUAUCCACUGCGGAUAUCACGCAAGCAGAUCUCCUAGUGGCACAAACUCAGUUUCCCGCAUCCGCGCCAAACAACCAGGUUGCGCGAUACCUCUACUACCUAGGACGCAUACGGGCAAUCCAACUCUCUUACACCGAGGCACACGAGCACCUCACAAGCGCAACUCGGAAAUCGCCCACAAACAAUGUUGCUACUGGAUUUUAUCAGGCAUCCACGAAGUUGUUGGUAGUUGUAGAGCUUCUCAUGGGCGAUAUACCCGACCGAGCAACAUUCAGCCAGCCUCGCCUCGAACGUGCGCUCGAGCCCUACUUCCGCCUGAUUCAAGCCGUCCGUGUCGGUGAUCUCCAAGGGUUCCUCAAGAUCGUCCAGACGUUCGCUUCCACUUUCCAUCGUGAUGGGACGUACACGUUGAUCCUACGACUCCGCCAGAACGUUAUCAAAACUGGCAUUCGGAUGCUCUCCCUUUCCUAUUCACGCAUCUCUCUGAGAGAUAUCUGCAUUCGACUCGGCUUGGAGAGUGAGGAGUCAGCUGAGUACAUAGUUGCAAAAGCUAUACGUGAUGGUGUCAUUGAGGCUUCUAUCGACCACGAGAAGGGAUUCAUGCAGACAAAACAAGCUGGCGACGUUUAUGCCACUCGCGAACCGGGCGAGGCUUUCCACGAGCGCAUUCAAGCCUGUCUGGCGCUCCACGAUGAGUGUGUCAAGGCCAUGCGUUAUCCCAUGAACCAGCAUAGGUUAGAACUCAAGAAUGCACAGGAAGCGCGAGAGCGAGAACGGGAGCUUGCCAAAGAGAUUCAGGAGGGGGAUAUUGACGAGGAUGAUGCAGCUGGUGAUUUCGACGGCCUAUAGACAUCUUGAUUGCUGAAUUUCCUCCUUCAAAGGAGCAGCACUAGCUGUGUACGAUAGCCUUUCGCAGACCGGGCCAUGAGCUUGAUUAGAUUAGCUUCAUAGUGGAUCACAAAAUCACCAAUAAUCGAAUCAUUGUAACGAGAACGGAC